GCCCCACCGUCGAUGACGACGCGCCCGCUAUGACGCGAUUUUUCGUCCCAGAGCGGGCCCGGCGGGAGGUAUAUAAGGCUCGACGCGAGUAUAAAUCGUCCUCACCAACCGAAUACCCACUCAUCUCUGUACUCCACAACUCCAAGCACUUCUUAUAAUCAUCAUGUCCGACAACUUCCGCGAGUCUUUCACCGACAAGGCCGGCGCUGCGAUCAAGCCCGACUCUGAGAAGUCCACCACCGAGCACUUGGGCGAUAAGCUCAAGGGGAACGCUGACUCCGCUGCGUCCACUGUUCAGCCUGCGAGCCAGAAGUCCACCACCCAGCAGGUCGGUGAUGCCGUCUCCGGCAACAGCAACGAAGGCACUCAGGUAAUGUGUACGCGAUGCGCAUGGUGGCUAUCCGCGCUCACGUCAUCGCUUUGCAGCCCUCGAUUGGCCAGCGCGUCAAGAACGCUGUUGGUCUCGGCGAGAACAACAGCUCGUAAGGUACCGCAAUGCAAUCUGUAUCAUUAGUGUACUCUCGGAUGGCAUAAUACAGUUGUAAAUUUGUUGG